UUCUAAGCACAAAGUUGUGUAGGGCUUGGCUAAGAACCGUUGCAAAGCAAGCAACCAAUGCAUGUGCCUGCAACGGUGGCUUCACUGUACAGAAUGCAAAUGGAGGCCGUCUACCUCGGCUUAGCUCUGGUAUCCUUGUGUAUCGUGCUUCUUUCCAGGCGCGCGCGCAGGUGGUCGGCAUCGAACGAGGCGCCGGGGCCGUGGCGGCUGCCGGUGAUCGGCAGCCUGCACCACCUCAUCGGGCAGCUCCCCCACCGCGCGAUGCGCGACCUAGCGCGGCGCCACGGGCCGGUGAUGCUCCUCCGGCUCGGGGAGGUGCCCACGCUGGUAGUGUCGUCCCCGGAGGCCGCCCGCGAGGUGAUGAAGACCCACGACAUGCUGUUCGCGACGCGGCCCCUCAACUCCACCAUGAGCGUGCUCACCAACGGCGGCCGGGACAUCGUGUUCGCGCCCUACGGCGACCACUGGCGGCAGCUCCGGAAGAUCGCCGUCCUGGAGCUCUUGUCGCCGGGGCGGGUCCUGUCCUUCCGCGCCAUCCGCGAGGAGGAAGUCGCCGCCAUGCUCCACGAUGUCGCCGACGCCGCGGCGGCCGCGCGCCCCGUGGAGCUGCACGCGUGCCUCUCCGUGGUGGUCUCCAACAUCACGGUCCGCGCCGUCAUGGGUGACUACAGGUUCAAGCAGCGCGAGGAGUUCAUCCGCGCGCUCCACCACUCCCAGAAGCUCGCCGCGGGGUUCAACCCGGCGGACCUGUGGCCGUCGUCCCGGCUUGCCGGCUGGCUCAGCGGGGGCUUGCGCCGCGCCAAGGAGAUCCGCGCUACCGGGAAUGGCAUCCUCGACACCAUCAUCCGAGAGCGGCUCGAGAGGACGACUGAAGGUGGCGGAGGCGAGAACAAGGACCAUCACCUGGUGGAUGUGCUGCUAAGCAUGCACAAGGAGGGCAGGCUCGACAUGGACGCCGUGAAAAACAUCAUCUUCGACAUAUUCAGCGCCGGCAGCGAGACGACAGUCAUAGAGUGGGCGAUGGCAGAGCUGAUGAGGAACCCAGAGGCGAUGCGGAAGGCCACGGCUGAGGUGCGGCGAGCUUUGGAGGCCCGCGGCAGCGUAGAGGAGCACGCCCUUGGCGAGCUCCCGUACCUGCACCUGGUCAUCCGGGAGGUGCUGCGGCUGCACGCGCCCACGCCGCUGCUCAUCCCGCGGGAGUGCCGGGAGCCAUGCCAGGUGCUCGGCUACGACGUGCCGCGAGGAACGCAGGUGUUCGUCAACGCAUGGGCGAUAGCCCGCGACGAGCGGUACUGGCCCGACGCGCCGGAGGAGUUCCGGCCGGAGCGGUUCGAGGGCGAGGGCGCCGUGGACUUCAGGGGCAACGACUUCUCCUUCCUGCCAUUCGGCUCCGGCCGGAGGAUGUGCCCGGGGAUGGCGUUCGGCCUCGCCAUCAUCGAGCUCACGCUCGCGAGCCUGCUGUUUCACUUCGACUGGGAGGUCUUGCCGGGUGCGGCGGGCGAGCUCGACAUGGCCGAGGUGUUUGGCCUCGCGGCGCGCCGGAAGGCCGACCUCCCGCUGCGCCCUGUCCUGAGGGUGCCCGUUCCUGGACUCUAGCGCCUGCGCGUCAAUCUAUCUGUUCCACACGGUAAGAGGGCAUUAUACUGCACCUGCAUCAAUGCAUGCGCUUAAAUAAAUUACAGUAAUAUCUGUAUAAAUGUCAUCAAAAUAAGAUUGUCUAUCGUACGUACAGUAUGCAUAACAUAAAGUCUUGGCACGUACGCAUGCAUAUCUGUUCAAGUGUUGGCUUUAUCAAUCUUAUUAUUAUGUUUGCAAUUGGGCUUACUGGAGCUUAGUUUCCCACGAGCCCGCGAUUUGUGUUGGCCGUGCUAGCUUGUAAACUCUUGGUCAAUGUAUUUUCUCGAUUGUAUUUAUGAUUUAAGAGCAUUUCGAAAA